AUUUUUCUUUGCAAACUAAGUAUCUGCUUGAGACACAUCUAUCUCACCAUUGUCAGCUGAGGAAAAAAAAAUGGUUCUCAUGCUACCAAUCUGCCCUCAAAGAAAUGUGGACUCAGUAGCACAGCUUUGGAAUGAAGAUGAUCAUAAGAGAUACAAAGAAGAACCUCUAGCAAAAGAUGCUUCUCUAUGCCUUAAAAAAUUCUCCAGCUCUUAGAAUCUACAAAAUAGACUUUGCCUGUUUCAUAGGUCCUAAGAUUAGCAUGAAGUCAUGGAUUCUGUUGUGGGGGGAGCGUUGCAUAGGAAAAAGGGACUGAAGCAUUAGAAUUGUCCAAAAUCAGUAACACCUCCUCUCAGAAAUGCUUUGGGAAGAAGCCUGGAAGGUUCCCGGGUUGGUGGUGGGGUGGGGCAGAAAAUUCUGGAAGUAGAGGAGAUAGGAAUGGGUGGGGCAAGAAGACCACAUUCAAAAGCCAAGAGCUGAAAGAAACCAUGGCAUUUAUGAUGAAUUCAGGGUAAUUCAGAAUGGAAGUAGAGUAGGAGUAGGAGACUGGUGAGAGAAGCUAGAGUGAUAAACAGGGUGUAGAGCAAGACGUUCUCUCACCCCAAGAUGUGAAAUUUGUACUUUAUCUUGGAGAUAAUAGGGUUAAUUAAGCACAAUAUGUAUUAGCUAGGGUAAAGAUUAGUUUGUUGUAACAAAGACAUCCAAAGAUACAGUAGCUGAAUAAGAUAGAGAAUUUUUCUCUCAAAGAAAGUCUAAGUAGGCAGCUCAGAAGUAGUAUGGCUGGAAGCAACCUGAUGAUAUUGGGACCCCCAACUUUCUUCAGUCUUGUACCCAUCAUCCCCUAGUUGUUGAUCUCACUCACAUAGUUGAAAAUCAUCAUACUUCCUGGGUUCAUAUCCCAGUUAUCAAGAAAGGGUCAAGAGAAGUCAGGCUCAUUCCUUUCAAAGACUCUAAUUGGAAGUUAAACACAUCAAUCCCCCUCAUAUUCCAUUGACUAGAAUUUAAUCACAUGACCACACCAAGUGCAAGGAAAUCUGGAAAAUAUAAUCUUUAUUCCAGGUAGCCAUAUGACUCUUUAAAAUUCAGAAAUAAUAUAUUUUUAAAAUAUCAUUCUGGCUUUGGUAUAAAGAAUUGAUGGUGUGGGGUGAGGAGGACAAAAUUAAGGGUUGAGAGGCUAUUAUUUUAGUUCUUACAAGAAAUGAUGGUGUCAUGAAUUAAGGUAGACAUAGGGGAGUGCUGAUGAGGAGCUGUGAAUGGAUUUUAGAAACACUUGAAAGAAUCAAUAGGACAUGAUUUAGGGUUGGAUUUGGAAAGGAGAAGAAAGUAGAAAAGAUGAUGCCUGCAUUUUUCACUUAGGCAAUUUGUACCAUUCAGUGAAAUAGGAAACACAGGAGGAAGAGCAGGUUUUGGUGUAUACAAAGAGAGGAUGGAUGACACAUUUCGUUUUGGAUCUGAGAUGUCUGUGGAACAUCCUAGUGGAGAUGUCCAAAAACUCUUCUACAUGUGGUUCUGAGUUCAGGACAAAGAUUUGGGCUGGAGAUAGAGAUAUUGAAGGCUUAUGCAUAGAAAUGGCAUUUGAAUCUAUAGAGAUAAAAAGACAAAUCAGAGGAAAUGUGUAAAGUGAGAGAGGAAAAGCCAAGUACUGAACUGGGGGGAAUACCUACAUUUAAAGGAUGCAGUAGAAAGAAGCUAAUAAAGAACAGAGAGCAGACUAACCAAAAGGGAAGAAGAAAAACCAAGAGAAUUCCACCGACUCCCAGGAGAGCAUUUCAAGAUUGAGGGUAUAGGCGUUGUGUUGAAUUUUGCAGCCUUGAGAAUCAAGGGCCAGAACACAGCUUUUAGAUUUAGCAACAAGGAGUUUGGUGAUCUCAGUGAAAGCAGCUUGAUGGUGAAAUGGAGGCAGAGGCAGAUUGCAAUGAGUGAAACAGUGAAUGGAAAGUGAAGAAAUGAUACAAACAAUCCUUGCUAAAAGCUUGGCUGUUAAAAGGAGGAGAGAAACAAGACUAGCUGCAAAGUGAGAUUGGGUUGAUGGAGCAGUUUUAAAUCUCAAAAUAAAGAGCUUUGUGCUUUUUUGAUUAUGAAAAUAAUGUGUUCAUUGUAACUAAUUGAGGCAAUGAAAAAAGAUAAAGAUAAUAAUAUGAAAGAUAAAAAUAUAAAAACCACCCAGAAAUAAUGAUAGCUACCAUUUUGAUACAAUAUUUCUACACUCCUUUCUAUGUGUAUAUACAGACACAGAAAUGCUUAUAUUUUUAUUAAAAGGGAUUGUACUAUACCUAAGCUGCUUUUUCUAGUUAGUGAUAUAUAUGGACAUCUCUCCAUGGCAACGAGUAAUUGCAGUUAUAUUAAGUUCAUGAUAUUUCACAAUAAGGGCAUAUCUUUGCCCUUUUUAUUUAAUCAAUUCUUAAUUGGUGAAUGUUUGUUUCCAGUUUGUUGUUGUUAUUAACAAUGUUCCCAUAAGCAUUCCUGUACAAAAAUGUUCACACAUUUGUCCGAUUUUUUCUUCAGGAUAAAACCCAGGAGGUAGAAUUGCUGGGUUGAUAGAAGAGAAAGGAUGAUUGGUAAAUUAAAGCUUCAGUAGAGGGUACAUGCUGAGCACAAAUGGGAUCAGCCCUAGAUACCAGAAAUGGCACCUUCUCAUUUCCCCUUGGGACAAAAGGGAGAGAGGAAAUAACUGGUGCUGCCAGAGUUAAAUUUGUACGUGGAGUAGCAGGAAAUCAUUUGCUGAAAAUGAAAACAGAGAUGAUGGUGUAGAGGUCCUGAAGAGAGCAAAGAAAAUUUGAAAUUGCGGCUAUCAGCUAUGGAAGAGAGUGCUGAACUGGAAAACAAAAGAAGUAUUGACAAUUGAUAUGCUGAAAACCUGGAAUCAGAUUACUUUGGCAAGCUUGAAUCUAAAUUAUCAGUCAUAAGAAAUUUGAAUGACCAAGUUCUCUUCAUUGACCAAGGAAAUCGGCCUCUAUUUGAAGAUAUGACUGAUUCUGACUGUAGAGAUAAUGCGCCCCGGACCAUAUUUAUUAUAAGUAUGUAUAAAGAUAGCCAGCCUAGAGGUAUGGCUGUAACUAUCUCUGUGAAGUGUGAGAAAAUUUCAACUCUCUCCUGUGAGAACAAAAUUAUUUCCUUUAAGGGCAGGGCCCAGCCAAGGAGACCACAUUCAGGACAGAAAUUCAAGACUACUAUGAAACUGGAGUGCUUGGCAGGAAGACAGAGUCAAGGACUGCCAACUGAGCCAAUACAGCAGGCUUAUACAGGAACCCAGGGCCUAGCCCUACAACAAUUAUUGGGUCUAUUCACUGAAAUGGAUCCUCCUGAUAACAUCAAGGAUACAAAAAGUGACAUCAUAUUCUUUCAGAGAAGUGUCCCAGGACAUGAUAAUAAGAUGCAAUUUGAAUCUUCAUCAUACGAAGGAUACUUUCUAGCUUGUGAAAAAGAGAGAGACCUUUUUAAACUCAUUUUGAAAAAAGAGGAUGAAUUGGGGGAUAGAUCUAUAAUGUUCACUGUUCAAAACGAAGACUAGCUAUUAAAAUUUCAUGCCGGGCGCGGUGGCUCACGCCUGUAAUCCCAGCCCUUUGGGAGGCUGAGGCGGGCGGAUCACCAGAGGUCAGGUGUUCAAGACCAGCCUGACCAACACGGUGAAACCUCGUCUCUACUAAAAAUACAAAAAAUUAGCUGGGUGUGGUGACCCAUGCCCUCAAUCCCAGCUACUCAAGAGGCUGAGGCAGGAGAAUCACUUGAACCCCGAGAUGGUGAGCCGAGAUUACACCAUUGUGCUCCAGCCUGGGCAACAACAGCAAAACUCCAUCUCAAAAAAUAAAAUAAAUAAAUAAACAAAUAAAAAAUUCAUAAUGUGAA